CGUCCAGCAGCUGAUCGGUAAUCCAGAAGAAGUUUCCCCUCAGUUAGGGGGGAGCUCCACUUUGAAGCAGGAGACUCCACAACCACCCUGCAUUAAAAAGGAAGAGGAGGAACUCUGCAUCACUCAGGAGGGAGAGUGUCUUCUAGGACGAGAGGAAGCUGAUUACACCAAGUUUCCACUGAGUAUUCUCUCUGUGAAGACUGAAGAUGAUGAAGAGAAACCACAAGUAGAUAACAUCUUAGCUCCACUAUCAGAUAGUGAGGCUGAAGACGAGGUUGAAGUAACUUUGAGCAGCGAUACAGACUGUGAAGGUGAUAUGAGGACUCACACUGACAACAAACACUCUGAAUGCUCUACAAAGAAGAGAGGUAAAACAUCUUUGAGCUGCCCAGUUUGUGCUAAAAGCUUUUCUGUUAAGAGGUAUUUGACUCAACACAUGAGAACACACACACAAGAAAAAACAUUUAAAUGUUCAGUUUGUGGCAAAAGCUUUUCUCGAAAUAGCCAUUUGACUCAACACUUGGGAACACACACAGGUGAAAAACCAUUUAAUUGUUCAGUUUGUGACAAAAGCUUUUCUCAAAGUGGCUCUUUGACUCAACACAUGACAACACACACACGAGAAAAAACAUUUAAAUGUUCAGUUUGUGGCAAAAGCUUUUCUCGAAAUGGCUAUUUGACUCAACACUUGAGAACACACACAGGUGAAAAACCAUUUAAUUGUUCAGUUUGUGACAAAAGCUUUUCUCAAAAUCGUUUGACUCAACACAUGAGAACACACACAGGUGAAAAACCAUUUAAUUGUUCAGUUUGUGACAAAAGCUUUUCUCAAAGUGGCUAUUUGACUAUACACAUGAGAACACACACAGGUGAAAAAACAUUUAAUUGUUCAGUUUGUGACAAAAGCUUUUCUCAAAGUGGCUAUUUGACUAAACACAUGAGAACACACGCAGGUGAAAAAACAUUUAAUUGUUCAGUUUGUGGCAAAAGUUUUCCUCAAAGUGGCUCUUUGACUAUACACAUGAGAACACACACAGGUGAAAAACCAUUUAGUUGUUCAGUGUGCUGUAAAAGGUUCACACAUAAAGCAGACGUAGUAAAACACAUAAGAACACACAAGGGAAAAUAACCAAUUAGCUGUUUAGUUUGUGGUAUGUUGCUCAUAUGUGGUGACCUCCACCCUACCCAGGACCUCCUCACUGCUUCUUUCACAAAUAUCUGAGGUAUUCAUACAAACUUGGAUUAUUUGGAGCAUAAUCUUAUCUACUCAUGACCCCAUGUCUUCUCUGUAUCUGAAACCUUCCUGAACAGUAAGAUAGAUGAUGCUUUAAGUGCUUGGUUACUCCUUCUUCAGUCCAUGGACCUGGGGCCUCAUGUGUCAAGUUUGUGCACGCUCAAAAACCUGCACUACACCCUUUUUCACUGCAAAGUUGAGAUGUAUCAAAACUGACGUUGAUGCAUAAGUGAUGCUGGGUAACUGUUUGCAUAACAAGCCGCCAACUUUUACUCCUCAGACUGAUUGAUGUGCAAAUCAGAGACAUAUGAACAAUUAACCCACAACCCAACCCCCACCUUCUCGACAUUCGGGCAUAACAGGUUCAAUCCGGCCCGCGAGAUGAGUGUAAAAUUCAGAUGCAUUUUUUAAUGAAAGAAACUGCUGUUCUAAAUGUGUCCACUGGAUGUCGCAAUAGCAAUUCUGUUAGGCAAGCAAAUAGUUUAUACCGGGGCGAGCAUGUAUACCAAGCAAGAGGUACACGGUAAAGCGGGGCUGUGACUCCUCCCCCUCCACCCAACGUAAAACAGUAGUAAAAUAAGCAAUCAGUAACCCCACUUAAAAUGCAGCAUGAGACACUGCACACUGAUAUAGUUCUGUGAAAAUGAUUGUCUUCUGUGCAAAUGUAAAGAAAGUGAACAGUGUGUGAUUUACUGCAAUACUGUCAGUCUUUUAACUUUUUAUUUGUGCUUUGUUGAAAUUGUUCACACAUUGCACAGCUUUUAUUUUUCUAUCAAUACACAUUAUGUCUAGAAGACAGGAAGUAACUCAACACUCUUGAAUAGUUUCUACCUCAGUUUGUAUGGUUUGUUGAGUUAGCACAGGAUUAAUAUGUGGAAAUGACAAAUGAGGUAGUUGAUACAUAAAGUAGUUUUUAUUCAUGCUUUAUUUAGUUUUUUGUUCAAUCCUAGAUGCGUUGUGACUUAAAGUUUAAUUGCUUUGUAGAAACACUGAGAUUAAGUCAAAGGUAAUUUUGUUCUUCAGGGUGUUUUUGAAAAUGUACCAUUUUUUUCCUCUAAAUGUUUAACUUUUGGUGUUUUGUCAAGAGGAUUAUUUGUGAUAUGUACAUUUUCAGAAUGUGCUUGUUCUAUUUUU